CCGGACGGUGGUGCUGGAGGCUGGGCAGGAGUUUGUGGUAAGAGGCAACAUCCACCUUAAAGAUCCAGUUGAAGGGGGAUUGAUGCUGAGCCCCACCAAAGGCUUUGUUGAAAAACACAGACUGUUAGUGGCCCGAGUUUUAGUGGAAGUUCAGCCCCAUAUGACCAUGCCCCUCCGCAUCUUCAAUCCAGGCAACAGUGCCGUAACCAUUAAAAAGGGGGCCAUCGUGGGACUCCUCCAGCCGGUAGAGGUUCUGCAGCCUACAAACGCGGUUGCCCACAACCAGCCUGAACAGACUGUCAGCAGCCGCCCUCCGGUCCCCCAGCACCUACAGGAGCUCUAUGCCCAGAGCUCUACUGAGCUUAACCAAGAGGAGCAGCUGCGGCUAGCUCAGCUGCUGUGCACCUAUGAGAAUGUGUUCUCCACAGGACCCACUGACCUCGGCAGGACCAGCCUGGUUCAGCAUGACAUCGUAACCAUGCCAAGCCUCCCAGUCAAGCAACCACCACGCCGGAUGGCAUUGGAGAAACAACAGGAUGCUGACCAACAGAUACAACAGAGCCUGGGGGCGGGGCUGGCCCGCCGCAGCAACAGCAGUUGGGCAUCUCCCAUAGUGAUGGUGAAGAAAAAAGAUGGAACGUACCGCCUCUGCAUUGACUAUAGAGGCCUGAAUGACUGCACGAUCAAAGAUGCAUAUCCUCUGCCCCGCAUCCAGGACACGCUGGACACCCUCUCUGACGCCAAGUGGUUCAGCACCCUUGACCUCGCGGCCGGCUACUGGCAAGUCGAACUGACCCCAAGAGCACGCAAAGCAGCAGCAUUCUGCACCAAAAGUGGACUGUUUGAAUGGAAUGUCAUGCCAUUUGGACUUUGUAAUGCCCCGGCGACAUUCCAGCGCUUGAUGGACCGGGUGCUGGCCGGCAUGCAGUGGGAGACCUGCCUAGUGUACCUGGAUGACAUCAUCGUUUUGGGCAGCGACGUUCCGCAGAUGCUGCAGCGGCUGGGCCAGGUUUUCAGUCGUCUCGACCAGGCCAAACUGAAGCUAAAACCAUCUAAGUGCUGCCUCUUCCGCCGCCAAGUAGCCUACCUGGGUCACAUAGUUUCAGAGAGCGGUGUGGCCACUGACCCCAACAAAGUCCAGAAAGUGCAGGACUGGCCGACACCGACAUCAAUCCAAGAUGUCCGUCGCUUUGUGGGCCUUGCAUCUUACUAUCGGCGGUUCGUUAAAGACUUUGCUUCCAUUGCAGAACCUCUCCAUGCCCUGACCAAGAAACAUGCCCAGUUUCGCUGGUCUGAGGAAUGCCAGGCGGCAUUUAAUGAACUUAAAGGCUUGCUAACGACCGCGCCAAUCCUGGGCUACCCACUCGACCAAGGCAACAUGAUACUAGACACAGACGCCAGUGACGUCGGUAUCGGCGCUGUUCUCUCGCAGGUUCAGCAGGGUGUGGAACGUGUGCUAGCCUAUGGAAGCCGCAAGCUGUCCACAACUGAACAGAAUUACUGUACCACACGGCGAGAACUGCUAGCCGUGGUCGACUUCACGUCACACUUUCGCCAGUAUCUCCUUGGGCGGCGCUUCACGGUGCGCACCGACCACAGCAGCCUUCGGUGGCUAACAAGGAUGAAGGAGCCUGAGGGACAGCUCGCCAGGUGGCUCGAGAGACUUGGCGAAUACAACUUCGAGAUCAUCCAUCGCCCUGGCCAGCUUCACGGCAACGCAGACAGCCUCUCCCGGAGACCCUGCCGUCAGUCCUGUCCUUGUAAGCUCCCCAGCCCAUCUCCUCCUCAGUUGAACAUCAGUCACCAGGCUGUGCAGUGCAAUUUGGACUCUGACAUCAACCAGGCUAUGCUGAGUCCAGUGGGGGUAGAGAGACACCCAGCUCCCGCAGAAGCAAGUCUAGUGGGGGUAGACAAGGCCCUGCCAGCUGACUCUAACAACUUAAAGUCCCCCGAGAAAAUAUACCUGAUUAAGUCACAAGAAAAUGAACUGUUUGCUGGUUGGUCCCUGGAGGAGCUGCGACAAGCCCAGGAAGACGACGCAGACAUUGCACCCAUCAUAACCUGGUUGGAAACCAGCGGAGAGCGUCCUGCAUGGGUAACAGUCUCACCAUGCAGCCCAGCCACAAAGACAUAUUGGAGCCAGUGGAAACGCCUCUACAUCAGAGACGGAGUGCUAGUUAGACGCUUCUACUGCCUGGACGAUACCCAAUUCUAUCCACAAGUAGUGCUGCCCCGCACCUUCCGGCCAGGCAUCAUGAGACAGAUGCAUGAGGGACAGGUUGGCGGACAUUUUGGUGUAGAGCGCACGGUAGCUCGGCUGCAAACCCGAUACUUCUGGUACAGAAUGAGGGAGGACGUCGCCCUGUGGUGUAACACCUGCACCAGCUGCGCAUCAAAAGCCAGGCCACGGAAGACACCGCAAGCCCCCAUGGGCACUGUUCGAGUCGGAGCGCCUAUGGAGCGCAUCGCUUUAGAUAUUAUGGGGCCACUGAAUGAGACUGAACGCCACAACAGAUAUGUGCUGGUAAUACAGGACUAUUUUACAAAAUGGGUCGAAGCUUUUCCCCUACCUAACGAACAAGCUAUAACUGUGGCUGAAGUGCUUGCCUCCGAGUGGGUGUGUCGCUAUGGAGCCCCGCAGACACUGCACAGCGACCAAGGCCGGAACUUCGAGUCUGAGGUGUUCCAGGAAAUGUGCAAGCUGUUCGGGAUCGACAAAACACACACCACACCUUUCCGUCCUCAGUCCGAUGGGCAAGUUGAAAGGUUCAAUGCCACUCUGCAAAAGAUCCUGGCCACGACAGCCGAGCGUUGCCACUGGGAUUGGGACCUCAUGAUUCCCUAUGCUGUCAUGGCCUAUAGAGCAACAAAGCACAGUUCAACUGGUUUCACCCCGAACUACAUGAUGUUUGGCCGGGAAGUGAGUGAGCCAGUAGACCUUGUAUCCGGCCUGCCGCCGGACCCUGAACCAGCUCCCUCAGCCCCUGAGUAUGUCCAGCACCUUCGAGAGCGGACUGGAGCUUGGUCACAAAUCACCAGAGAUGCUCUCGGAGAAACCCUCAGAGGCCAUAGUUCUCAAAGGCCCCAGCGCCAGGCGUAG